AUGUCGGCGGAUCUGUUUGCAGACUGGAAGAAAGAAGAGGCGUCGGCUCCUGACGUCCGCAGCGUCGCCGGCGGCUCUGGCGGCGGAGGGGCCUUCGACGCGCUGUACCCUACAGGUGCCGUGAGCAAUGACGGGAACGCAGGCGGUGGCGGAGGCCGCAGCAGCCACAACAACAACAACAACACCAACACGGACGACUUUGACUUUGAGACGAUCGGGGAGGACGACGCGUCGCGGCUCCAGAAGCAGGAGAAGCCCAUGUUUGAGCUGCGGGAGCACGGCCUCAAGGUGUCGCGUCGCAAGGGGUUCACGCUGAGCUGUUUGGCCGUGGGCAAUGGGGUGCUGGCCAUGGGGUCCCAAGAGGGCGUGUUGCUGCGCUGCACGACGGACGCGACCGACAGCAACGGAACGAUCGAAGAAAUUAUGAUUGAGCCCCGUGUCGCCAUGUCAAGUGUGUUUAUUGACCCGACAGGCGCUCACGUGCUCGUGUCGAUGGACAAUGGCUCGAACUUUUACUUGCACACGGGGUCCACGCGCCCCAAGAAGAUCGCCAAGACCCAGGGGAUGCAGCUGACAAGCGUCGCGUGGGACCGCCAAGCGGGAUCGCCCGAAGCGUCUGAGCCAAUACUUAUUGGGACUGCGUCGGGCGCGGUGUUUGAAGCAGCGUUCGAUGGCGGCAAGGAAAAGACAGUGACCAAAGUGUUUCAGAUUGCUAAUCAGGGAGCGAUUGCUGGGAUCGCUUUCGAGCACUGGCAGCUGCCGUCAGGCGACAAGCGAUACUAUGUGAUGCUCACGACGUCGGCGUCGGGCAAGCGACCGACGCGUGUGUUUCAGUUCAUGAGCGGCGGUCGAGAUGGCUUUGACGCGAUGUUCCAAGAGUACACGAGUCCUGACAAGCUACGUUUUCAGGAAAUGCCGGGGGACAUCACGACAGCCGAACUGCGGUUCUAUGUUAAGCAAGGCCGUGAACGUGCAAAGGGCUUUGGUGUGCUUACGGGAGAUGGGGUAUACCAUGGUGAGUUUGUGUUUGGACUGUCGAGCACAAUGGAAAACGUGACGACAGGCACAGGAUUGCUGGCAUACCCUGGUAAACCGGAAAAGUCAUCCGACAGUCGCGGAUCAUGGACACCGCCAGUGUCGAUGGCAGUGACCCAGUACCACGUAGUCCUGCUGUUCGCGCGUCAUAUUCAGGUCGUAUCGAAGCUAAGUGGCGUGGUUGUCAUGGAAGAAUCGCUCGACUCGCGAGUUGGCACUGUGCAUGGCAUUGCGGUGGACGACACGUUCAAUACAGUGUGGGUCCACUCGAGCCGGCGUAUCUUAGAGGUGGUUAUUGCUGACGAGGACCGUAAUGUCUGGAAGCUAUUCCUGAGCAAGGCUGUGAUGGGCAACGGUGACGAUCGCGAUUUCGAGCAGGCAUUGGCGGUCUGCCGCAACGGAUGGGAACGCCAGCGCGUGCUGACAGCGCAAGCAGACAAACUUUUUGAUAAGGGGAUGUAUGAUCGUGCCGCUGUUAUGUAUGCAAAGACGACGCGCUCGUUCGAAGAGGUGGCGCUGAAGUUUCUCGAGAUCGAAAGUCGCGACUCACUACUUCUUUUCUUGCUGCAGAAGCUGAAGGGCUUGGGAAGUGACGAAAAGACACAGCAGACUGUGCUGUGUUCCUGGAUCGUUGAACUGUUUCUGGACAAGUUCAAUGUGCUCAAGGGUAGUGUGCAAGAUGUCGAUGCGCAUGCUAAUUUGCUGUUUGAGUUCAAGCAGUUCUUGCAAGAUCAAAAAAGUCAUCUCGACCCAGCCACGACUUUCAAUUUGAUCUCCAGCCACGGUCGACCAGAUGAGCUUGUGUUCUACGCAACGCUUAUCGAAGACUACGAAAAAGUAAUCACGUAUCAUGUGGACCGCGGUGAGUAUGGAGCUGCAAUCGAGUUGCUUCGUAGCGUCGAAACGUCGAAAGUGGAAGAGCUCUGGUACAAGUACUCACCCGAACUGAUCGUUCACAAGCCAAAGGAGGUGUACGAGGCAUGGCUGGAGGCUGCCACGCUGAACCCGACGCGCCUCAUUCCGUCGAUUGUGCGUCACGUGCACCAAAAAAGCGUCGCGGGCACAGAAUCGACAAGUAGCACAACGAAAAGUCGCUCGGUCUUGGACAUGGCCAUUCGGUUCUUAAAGUUUGCCAUCAAGCAAGGCAACCGCGACCCGACAAUCCACAAUUACCUACUGUUCCUGCUGGCCAAGCACCCUGACGAGCGUUUGCUCAUCAGCUUCUUGCGCAAAAAGCACAAUGGGAAGCAUCUGUUCGACAUUGCAUUUGCUUUGCGCCUCUGCACUCAGAACGAGAAGAACCGUGCUUGCAUCUACAUCUACUCUGCGAUGGGACUGUAUCAGGACGCCGUGGAAAAGGCAUUGCAAGUCGAUGUGAAGAUAGCCAAGGAAAUGGCUGGUAUGCCCGAGGAUGAUGAGACUCGCAAGAAACUGUGGACGCUGAUUGCCAAACAUACGAUCGACGCAGGCGGUGAGAUCAAGGACGCUAUGAAUAUUCUAAAGGAGAGUGAUCUGUUAAAGAUUGAGGACAUCUUGCCUUUCUUCCCUGACUUCGUCCUGAUCAACGACUUCAAGAAAGAGAUUUGCGAGUCGCUCGAAGUGUACAAUGACCGCAUUGAACAGCUGAAGGAAGAGAUGCAAGACUACACGCAGUCGGCCGAGUUGAUUCGUGCUGAUAUGCAGCAACUGCGCAAACGUUGUGCUGUUGUGUCUGGCAAUCAGCGCUGCGAGCUAACUGGUCAGAAUAUUUUGGGCAAGGAGUUCUACCUUUUUCCGUGCUCACACGCUUUCCAUGCUGGUGCACUCCGCCAGGAGAUGCAGAAACACCUCAAUAGUUUUCAGCGACAAACGGUGAAGCAGCUCGUGCAAAAGCUCAGUGAGCUGUCCACGGAAUUGCCGGCGAGCACGAACUUUUUCCAGCGACCGCUCUCCGCCUUCCCUUUUCUUAACUUGUCGUCCACCGAAAAAGAGGCGAUGACGCCUGGCUCUGAGGGAAGCAGCGCCGCGGCGAUUGCAAAGGCAAAAAGUGCUGCGAAAGAGCAGUCUAUUGCGCAGGAACGUGAGAUGGUGCAGCAAAAGCUGGACGAGAUCAUCGCAUCGGAGUGUAUUUUCUGCGGUGAGGUGAUGAUUAAGUCGAUUCAGACGCCUUUUAUCACACCUGAGGACGAGGCAAACGAAGGCAGCGAGUGGGCCAUUUGA